UACACGGGAAGAGAGCCGUGUAGGAAAAAGAAACGGGACGCCCUCCUCCUCGUCUUCAUCCUCCUCCUCCUCCUCCUCUCUUGGCGGAUAACGGUGUCCAAGAAGUUAUUCAGGACCGACGCAGACAAUAGCGCCGAGGCUUGUCUUAUCCAUUCUUGCUUAAAUACACGUUCAUCACUUACUUUUAAUGCUGUCCACGUCCCUAUUGUACCACACAAAGAGGAAAACACUCGGCUGAAAUCAUAUCAUGGAAGACUUGGGAGUGCCUGAGCCACCUAAUUACCCUCUCAGUCCUCGUAUUGUUGUGUUUGAUGCCCUUCUUGCUGAUCUCGAGAACACCGGCUCUCCCCUAGCUCGGUGUCCUGUCCUGCUGACCUCGGAAGCCCCUCAAAAUUCUGAUCCUACCAUCCAGGACACCGCCCAUACCCGACCACCGCCACCUGCCUACACACCACAGCAGACUGUUUCUGCUGCAAUGAAGUCCUCUCAGAACUCCAAUCCAGACAAACUAUACAGCACGGUGUGUAAACCGCGCUCUCCUCGGACAACAGAUCCUCCCCCAGCCUUCUCCUCCUCUUCACUAUUGGGAGGAGGAUUGAGUGAACUGGACCAUCUGUUACAGGAGCUGAACGCCACCCAGUUCAACAUCACAGAUGAGAUCCUGGCCCAGUUCCCUUCUUCUAAGAAGGAUGACAGGGACAAGAUUAAGGAUAAGGCCACCACCUCCUCUUCCAGUUCUGCAAAGCCCUCUGCAACAUCAGCCACCCUGGAACUGGACAAACUGAUGGCUUCGCUGUCAGACUUCAGAGUCCAGAGUACGCCAGCUGCUCCUGCCAGUCCAGCGGUGACAUCACCACAGCAGCCCGCCACCCCACCACAGCCCUCUUCUGGGGGCUCAUUAGACAGCAUGCUGGGGCUGCUUCAGUCAGACCUGAGCCGACAGGGAGUUCAAACAUCGUCCAAGGGAAACUGUUCUGCUUGUCAAAAGCCAGUUGUCGGACAGGUGGUCACGGCUCUUGGGAAGGUGUGGCACCCAGAGCAUUUUGUGUGCUCGGAGUGUGAGACGGAAUUAGGCAGUCGCAACUUCUUUGAAAAGGACGGACGGCCGUACUGCGAGUCAGACUACUUCACCCUGUUCUCCCCUCAUUGUGCGCAGUGCAACAAGCCCAUUCUUAAUAAAAUGGUCACUGCCUUGGAUAAGAACUGGCACCCGGAGUGUUUCUGCUGUGUGAAGUGCAGCCAGGCGUUCGGAGAGGAAGGUUUCCAUGACCGUGAGGGCCAGCAGUAUUGCCAGCAGUGCUUCUUGACUCUGUUUGCUUCACGCUGUCAAGGCUGCAGCCAGCCCAUUCUGGAAAACUACAUCUCAGCUCUCAACUCUCUCUGGCACCCGCAGUGCUUUGUGUGCAGGGAGUGCUACUGCCCCUUUGUCAAUGGCAGCUUCUUCGAACAUGAGGGUAAGCCGCUGUGUGAGGCCCACUACCACCAGUCCCGCGGCAGCAUGUGUCAGGCCUGCCAGCAGCCGAUCCUGGGCCGCUGCGUCACCGCCAUGGGGGCCAAAUUCCACCCCCACCACCUGGUGUGUCACUUCUGCCUGAAGCCCCUGAGCAAAGGCUGCUUCAAGGAACAGGAAAACAAGCCGUACUGCCACCCCUGCUUCAUCAAACUCUUUGGUUGAGGACACAUUAGGACUUUGUAACCCCUCUCUGGGUCCUAAAGAGAAGACGCUGUAUGACUCUGAGUUCUCAAUUUGUUAUUUUUUUACUGCGGGAAUGAGGGUGGAGCUGGUCUCUUUCUUUGAUUUAAGAAUAGAAAAGUUGAAAUAAGAGUAUCAUGCACACCAAUAUUUUUAUUAGUGUCACAAAAAGUGGACUGCAUAGCAUGAGUGAGACGUAUACAAAAUGAUACCAAAUGUUUUGUCAUGUAUGUAAGUCUUUACAUAAUGUAUUGAUUCAAAUUGAAUAUGAAAAAAAAGUGAUUUUACCAAAGAUAGAAAAGACACAAUAUAUUAAGACCAAAAUGUGUUGUUUCAGGAAAGAACUUUUGUGCUUUAAAUCCCCUUUAAUAUAUUUGCUUUAAAUGGCAAACUGUAAAAGUGCCAAUGCUAUUGCAUCUAUGUAUUGUAUGCUGCCUGCUAUAUUAAGUAUGUUUAUGUGUAACAAACUAAGCUGUCAUAUAUGUUUAAUGUCAGAUUUUUUUACUUUACCCUUUCACAUCUGCUCUAUGCAAUUUGCCAGACAUUUUCAAAGAACACAAUAAAGGAAAACACAACUUG